AUGGACUUGCGACCUCGACAGGCGGGUUUUGGGUCUAGCUGGUCUGGACCCAAGAUGAACACAGAAGAUGUUACAAACGCUGCAACAGUCGACUCGUCUGCCGCCAGGCAACGGCCGAUUGAACGCGACCUGGACGCAACCAGCAGCUCGCACGACUAUUGCCAAACUACGACACAUGCCGGACAUGGUGAGGCGGAACCUCGUCCCGACACGCAUCCCCCUGCAUAUCAGCACAGGCAAUUCAAGAGGCGUUACAAGCCCCGGACCUGCCGCAUCUGCCUGGAGGUUGUGUUACCGACGUUUGACGAUGCGGACGAAGCUCUUCAUGAGGAGGAGCCUGCUGCGGACGGUGUAGACGCCGUCGUUGGAGGAAUCGAGAGGAUCGGCGUACGAGUUGCUGGGGCGAUGGCCUCGGCGAUCCCGUCUUUUCUUCGACCGCAACCCCGUGUCCGCUACGUAUCGGAAGACCCUCAAGACGGCCGGUUGGUCUGUCCGUGCCACUGCAAGGGUACGCAAAAGUACGUCCACGAGGGCUGCCUGACGGCUUGGCGACAUGCGCAGCCGCUGUCGGGCCGUCACUACUGGAAGUGUCCAACGUGCGGGUUCGAAUACCGCUUUGAGAGGCUGCGCUGGGGCCGGUGGAUCUCGAACCGGGUGACGAGGGCAACGCUGACCUUUCUCGCCUUCUGGAUGGCCAUCUUUCUGCUGGGAUUCAUCGCCGACCCGCUCAUCGACCUGUGGCUCGACCCUGCCAAUAUGAUCGCUGACACGAUCAGUGACUUCGGCGACCCGGAUACCGGCGAUGAUAUUUUGGGGAAUCUGGCGGGCAUCUUGCAUCCACAUCACGGCGAUGACAGUGAUUGGAGCGCUACAGGCUGGGCGGAACACUUUCUCAAAGGGGUUUUCUCGCUUGGCAUCGUGGGCGUGAUCAAGACCUUCUUAGCCGUGUCCCCAUUUACUUGGUGGAACAUCCGGGGCCGGGUUAGGCGCCGUGCCGGUGGAGGACGGGCACGAAUUGAAGGGUUUGGCUGGAUGUUUGUUCUCGUGGGCGCCUUCACAUUCUUGGGGGUUGCGUGGAAGGGAAUAAAUUAUUUGAGUGGUCGUGUCCUUGAACGGGCAAGCGAACAUGUGGUCGACAUCCAUGGAGAUGAAGCAGACGAAAGCGAUGCAGAUGAUGAUAACGAAGGUCAACCCCAGGACGAUUGA